UUAACCCAGUCUUCUCUCUUCCGUUCGUUUCCCUUUCAAGCGCUCGGGGAUUAGAAAAUUAGACAGGUCUUGACCUGAGUGUGAUCCCAACGAAAACCCUAAAUCUCCGGAGAAUCGCCACCGCUAUGUGGAAGAGAAUCCUUCCACCGCAGAUCAAACUCCUCGCCUCCGCCGCCGGCUCCCGCGCCGCGCCGCUGUGCGGUCACGCCGUCGCAGAGUCCUCUUACCUUUCUCUCUCGACUCGUGCAUCCUCCAUUUCCGCUUCUUCUUCGAUACUGGUCCGCCAAACCAGCUCUGCUUCAGCGGAUACUGCUGUGAGGAAGCGUAUUGAAGAUGUGAUGCCUAUUGCCACUGGGCACGAGAAAGAGGAGCUAGAUGCCGAGUUGGAGGGAAGGGAGCUGCUUGAUAUCAACUUCCCCACCGGCCCUUUCGGAACAAAGGAAGUUCCUGCUGUUGUCAAGUCCUACUAUGACAAGAGGAUAAUUGGAUGCCCCGGAGGUGAAGGAGAGGAUGAACAUGACGUCGUCUGGUUUUGGCUUGAGAAAGGCAAGCCCUUUGAAUGCCCUGUGUGUUCGCAGUACUUUGAGCUUCGAGUGGUCGGCCCUGGGGGACCCCCUGAUGGGCAUGGGGAUGACAACCACCAUCACUGACCCGGUCAUCUUCGGAUUCAAGACUCAUCUUACUGGAAUAAAAAAAAAAAAGAUUUUUGGAACGGUUUCUGGUACAUUUUUUGGCUUCGGAUACUCGAAAGCCUGAGUUUUUUUUUUUGUUUAAAUUUUUAGAUCUUUGCAGCUUGCUUCACAGAUUAUAAGCAGAAACGUCUCAGUUGGUUGACUUGUCAGCCUUUGGCCGAAUGAACACUAUUCUUUUUACAAAAUAAGUAUUAUUUUUUAUUUU